UCAGUUUUGCAAGUGCCAGCCUCAGAUGCAGAUGAUCCGACUUACGGGAGCAGCGCCAAGAUAGUUUACAGCAUCCUGGAGGAACAGCCCUACUUCUCUGUUGACCACAAGACAGGUAUCAUCCAUACUGCGAUGUCCAAUAUGGACCGUGAGACCAGGGACCACUAUGCUGUGGUGAUCCAGGCCAAAGACAUGGCAGGCUCAGUCGGAGGACUGUCUGGAUCUACUACUGUCAACAUCACCCUCACUGACGUCAAUGACAACCGUCCAAAGUUUCCUCAGAAGAGCUACCAGCUAUAUGUACAAGAGCUGGCUCCAGUAGGGAAGGUAGUAGGUCGGAUCAGAGCCAACGAUGAAGAUGAAGGGCAGAACGCUGAGAUGAGCUACAGCAUCACAAAUGCCGACACAGCUGCCAUCUUCACCAUCACCACUGGUGCUGACCGCAGGGAGGGAAUCAUUUCACUCAAGCAGCCUCUGAACUAUGAGAAGAGAAAAGAUCACACUCUCAACAUUGAAGGCUCCAACACUCAUCCAGACCCCCACUUCUCCCACCUGGGGCCAUUUAAGGAUUCCACAUCACUGCGAGUCAUUGUGGGUGAUGCAGAUGAGCCUCCUGUCUUCUCCAUGGAUUACUACAUUAUGGACAUGUAUGAAAACUCACCUGCUGGUACCCAGGUUGGCACUGUAACUGCUGUGGACCCUGAUAGUACCAACAGUGCUGUCCGGUACUUCAUAGAAAACAAAGAGGAAAGAUCUUUGUAUUUUAUCAUCGGGGUGAACAGUGGCAUCAUCAGGAAUACUCAGGUUCUGGACCGGGAGGAGACUGCGUGGCAUAACAUCACUGUGAUGGUUGCAGAGGUUGGUAACCCUCAUAUGGUGAGUCACGUUCUAGUCACUAUCCAGGUCCUAGACAUCAAUGACAACAUUCCAGCCAUCUCUGGGAGCAACAGUGCUGUCAUAGUGUGUGAGAGCACCAAAAAUGGGCAGGUAAUUCAGACCAUCCGAGCAGCAGAUCUGGACAACUUUGCAAAUGGAAGGUUUUCCUUCUAUGUGCCAACUGGGCUCCCAGCCAGACCCAAUUUUACUGUGAAAGACAACGGAGACAACACUGCCAGUAUAAUAUCUCAUAAGCGUGAGGGCUUCAGCCCGGACAGAGACCAGGAGUUCUUUAGCCUGGUGCUGGUGGUAGCUGAUGGUGGGGAGCCUCCUCUCAGCAGCACUGCUACACUCUCCCUCAGAGUGUGUGUGUGUCAGAGGAACAGCAGAGGGCGUAACAGAAACAUCUGUCAGGCCCAGGCCUUCCUGUCUUCAGCUGGUCUCAGCACUGGGGCGUUUGUGGCCAUAUUAUUGCUUUGUAUUGUCAUAUUACUUGCCAUAGUGAUGCUAUUCACCCAGCUACGAAAUAAGAAAGCAAGCAAGGAGCCAUUGAUUCUCUCUGAAGAGGACAUCCGAGAAAACGUGGUGACCUAUGACGACGAGGGAGGCGAAGAGGAAGACACAGAGGCCUUUGAUAUUGCUGCACUUCGAUAUUCUCAGCCAUCUGAACCUCGAAAGGAAGAUCCAAACCUACCUUGGCUACGGACCAAGCCCAUACAAAGAGGAGGAUGA